AUGAUUCUCGCGUGCCGGCUGCUCAACAUCGAGCACCUACCGUGCUUCACUCACACGUUGAACUUAGCAGUCCAGGAUGGACUAAAAAGCAGUGAUGAACUCAACGACGUUUUGUUGAAAUGCAAGAACAUUGCGCGUCAUGUGAGGUCGAGUUCCACAGCUACCACCAAACUCCGAGAAGAACAAGAGCGCUCUGGUAAAGUACCGCCGUUGAAACUCAUGCAAGAAACUCAGACGCGAUGGAACAGUGUUUUAUACAUGCUGAAGAGGAUCUUAGAAGUUGGGGAGGCGCUGACGUUGACGAAGCUACCCCGGGCGCCAAGUCCUUUGUCAGCAGAAGAUAUCAUGCUCAUCGAAGACAUUGUCCAGAUUCUGGACCCUUUUGAGGAAGCCACAAAAUUGAUGUCUGGAGAUCAGUACACCACCGUAUCUCUAAUCGUUCCUGCUGUCUGCGGCAUCGCAACAGAGUUGAAUGAGCGCAUUGAGCCUGCACUGAAAACCGCUGUGGCCAAAGAAGUGCUUCGAGACUGCCUUUCUGCUUUGCAUAGAAGAAUGGAUGCUUACGAGAAAACACGCCUGACAGCAUUUGCUACGCUGCUAGAUUCAAGAAUGAAAGAACGAGCUUUCCUGGAUAGCAUAAACGCAGAGCGUGCCAAAGCUGGUUUCAUUGACGAGUUAGACCGGCGAAUGUCUCAAAACAGUCCUUCUAGCGAAGCGAGACUCUCGGAACACCGGGAAGCUUCUAUACAAACUACACAAGAAAGGCGGAUUUUGGGGUUCUUAGACAAGCGUGGCCGGGAGCCUGUAACUCCCACCUCAAACUCGGAGCGGUUGGUUCGGCAAUACCUUGAGAUGCUGCCACAGGGGAUUAACACGAAUCCACUAGAAUUCUGGCGUUCAAACCAAAGCACCAUGACACCACUGUGCGAAAUGGCUCUCAAGUACCUGUGCGUGCCAGCAACGUCCGUGCCAGCAGAACGGGUAUUCUCAGCUGCUGGUCAAAUCGUUUCAGACAGGCGGAGCAGGCUCAAGGGCAAAAACGUCGACAUGCUGGUAUUCCUCCAUCAGAAUUGUUGGCUGUCUCAAAACUAA